GGGUGGGGGCUUCGCAGCGCGCUGGUGGCCCCGCCUAGGCGGCUGGAAGAAAAGGCCGACCCCGGCCCCGCCCCGCCUCGCCAAAUUUAAGAGCCCUCGUCCACCGCCGGGAAUGCUCCUGACCAACAAGUCUCUCUCCCUUUUGCGUGGUGCUCCCCCUCGUCCCUCGCGCUCCCUGCACGGCUGCCCACAGGCCGUGGCUUCACUCCCUGUGCCCGACAGGGCAGGGGCCGCGCCAUGCCCAGCCCAGUGCCGCGAGGCAGCCGGCCGCCCGCUCCCCCGGGCGCAGGAGACGAGACCUCGGAGCUCCAGCGCCGCCCCGCGGGUCCAGGCAGGCCCCGCGCUCCCGGGCGCCUCGAGUCUUCCUUCUCCGUCGAGGCCAUCCUGGCCAGGCCUGCCCGCCGCGCGCCCCCCGCCGCCGCCCCAAUGUCCGGCGUCGCCGCGGACCUCGGCUCGGCUCCCUCCCGGUUUCCCGCGACGUGGCUGCCGGCCUACCUGAGCGUGAGUCUCUACCAGCAGUGCCCCCAGCUGCCCCGGACGGGGCUCCGCGUGGCUCACCUCUACGGCCUCCAGGGCCUCGGCGUCACAGGCUUAGAGCUGGCUCACUGCUCAGGCCUCUGGGGCACUCCAGACUGGGCUCCAGCCGAGGAACUUCAGGACACUGAGAGACCUCAAAAGAGGGUUCGGACCAUGUUUAACUUGAAGCAGCUGGAAGAGUUGGAGAAAGUGUUUACAAAACAGCACAAUCUAGUGGGGAAGAAGAGAGCCCAGCUGGCAGCCCAGCUCAACCUUACGGAGAACCAGGUGAGGGUCUGGUUCCAAAACCGCAGGGUCAAGUAUCAGAAGCAGCAAAGGCUGAAGCUACCAGCUGUGUCUGCCAUGGCUGCCUCCCAGGAUGAGCCCUCCAGCAGCUCUGACACCAGCAUCCAGAGAGAAGACACUGACUCAGGAGUGGACAGCUGAGGACUGGGACAAAGGCUCAACCCAGGCUGUCUGGGCUAGUUCUUCCUGGGGAUACCCACGGGAACUUCUGAGCCUUUCUUCUUCAUCUGUAUAAUGGGUGCAUUGACAAUUUACUCUUCCCAGAGCCGACAGGAUGUCUGUAAAGCUGUUAUGGGGUGCCAGGCCCAGUGCUAAGUGUUCAGCAAGUGUUAAGGUUUAUAAGUUCCCUUCACCUGGGGGUGUGGUGCUUGCACCAGAACUGGCCCCUCCAGGGAUUAAUCUUUUCCUGGCUUGCCUGUGGAGAAGGGGCUUCCUUGAAUCAGUAUUUGGGCCUAGAAGCCUCUUCCCCACCAGAGAUGAUGGAUAUGAGAGUAAAGAGGAGGGAAAGGUAAACCAUUUAGCCUACUUCAGAGUUUCCCAAAGUUUUCUUGUUUUGUCUGAACUGCUACCACUUUUAGGAGCUCAGCCCCAAUUGUCUGCUUAGGCACAGACAUGCUUCCCUGACCCCAUCUUUUUCCCUCUAGCUACCCACUUUGAUCCCUCUCCAUCAUUGUACAGAGAAAUUUGGCUCUGCCUUUGCCAAAGCAGGCAUUUUUUCACAAACUCUGCUGUAUUUCCAUGAGACAGUUAUAAUUUUUCCCCUUCAAGCCCCUAACUCAUGGUUCCCUUUCCUUCCCAGGAAUCUGCUCCGUUUCUAAGAAGGCUGCUGAUAGCCUACCCCUGUGAGGCCAGCCACCAGCAAUUCCAGAGCUCAUUUCUCUAGUGCUCUACAUUCCUGGGCAGGCCUCUGUUCAGAGUAUUGAUUUAGAAUCUCCAAUGGCUUCUGGGUAGAGGGGAGCUGGUGAAAGGAGGCCUGCCCUGCCACCUGCCGGUGACAGAAGGCACGGUCCCCACUGCUGUCUGCAGCGUUCUGAGGGAGACAGGAAGGGCAGGGAGCAGAGGUGAAAAACCACAUCCCUCCAAGUGGUGGUAGACCAUCUUCUCCUAGACACUAGGCCACAGGCUUGAGGCCAGGGUCCAGCUUCAAGAACUCUUCUCUCCCCCUGUCUUCAGGGAAAUCCUUCCUAAUGCUGGACCCAAAGUCCACUCUGUUAAUCAAAGGAAUCUACCUGCAUCUACCACUUCCACCACCUGCCUCCUCAAUUGACUCACCUUUUAAAAAUAAUUUUAAAAAAAAUCAACAGUUAACCUAUUCAACAGUUACUAGGGCCUACCCAAUCCCCCAAUAUGACCAUGAGACCAUAACAGAAGCAGACACAUCCUUUUUCAAGGAGCACAGAAUCAAUUGGAGGACAAGGAAACGACGCAUGGUUGUCAGACUUGGCUGUGGGGACAGAUGCUGUAAGUCAGUGGUUCCAGCUUUUUGGGGUCCUGAAUGAGAACAGGGCCUUCUGCUGUUCCCAGGACAAUAUGUAUAUGUACACUCACUUCACACAAUUUCAGGGGUCCUCUGACCUGAGCUCCACCAUCUACCCCCUUCUAUCACCCCUAGGCUGCAAAGUCCCUUAAGCCCCUGAAGGGUCUGAGAAAAGCACAAGUCCAGCUUGAUCUGUCGAAGGGCUGUCUGCCCGCUGCCAGAAGGCCCAAGGAGAAGGGAAUUCUUGCGCCCGACUUUGUAGAUGGGGAGGUAGGGCAAGCUCCCCAUCUACAAGCUCCCCAAGGUAGUCCUUCCUUUCAGGUAGAAGGUCAGAGAGGGUAUAAGUUGGCCGGCCGCUGUCCCACCCCAUGGCUGGAUCCAGAGUGCCUGACUCUCGACGGGGCACUGGGUGGACAGAGACAACAGACACCAAAACACGAACUGGACACAGAUACAUCAAAACUAUACACACACCCACCGGCUAUGAUACAUAGGUACGUACGAAGACACAGACGCAAAACUGCACAGAUGUAAAAAACGCGGACCCAGCGACAUCCAGCCAUCGAACCAAUCGACCUAAACACACAGAUUAAAGGGAUCCCAAUUUCCCAAUUCGGACUUGCUAGCGCGCAAACCCUAGCAGCCUGGAGACUCACUCGCCGGGGGCGGGGCCAGAGA